AUGAUAAAUAGAUUACCAGAUGAUGUUGCUCAGGCAAUAAGAUCAACAUUGUCAAUUGUAUCUUAUGAACAGGCGUUGGAAGAGGUGGUGUAUAAUGCAAUAGAUGCAUGUUCACAUACUAUAUUUGUAAAUGUCAACUUGACACAAUGGUCAUUCGACGUAAAGGACGACGGCAAUGCAAUAGUAUAUGAAGAUCUAAAGUUGAUUGGCAGCCGCAACUGCACGUCCAAGCUCAACAGUACCGAAGACCUGGCACAUCUAGCCACGUUUGGAUUCCGCGGCGAAUCGUUGGCAUCGAUAGGCCUGAUCUCUGCACUGGAGAUCGUCACAACACCACGCGAGACCAAUCAAACAUGCAGCAAGCUGAUACGCUUUGGCAACGAGGAGGAGGUCAAGCAACUCGAUUCACUCAAGGACUAUGGCACGCUGGUCAAGGUCCGAGACCUGUUCCGCUUCGUACCCGUUCGACGCCAGAGCAUCAACUUCUCCACGCUCAGACAAUCUGUACGCAAGCGCAUGGAGAUCAUCGCACUGUCACAUCCACACAUCAGCAUCACACUGUUUGAGGAGUCCAAGGGUCCACUCAUAACGCCAUCAAUGAUGCCACACGAACGCAACAGCUUCCUCUCACUGUUCUCUAAGUUCUACGGUCCUGACAAAGCAGACAUGAUGGAGCUCGUCGAAACAGAUGGCCGCACAUCAGAUUUCAAGAUCAAAGGAUACUGCUCAAUCCCCACAAAGAAAGGUCAUCCCAAUCAAUCACUCCAAUUUGUUUUCAUCAAUCAAAGGGUAGUACUCGCGACAAAGAUACAUCGACAGAUCAACCAGUUGUACAAGGACUUUAGGAUGUUCAAUGGACAAAAGAUGGCACAGAUGAAUGGUGGAAAGAUUAGACGAGAGGUCAUUGAUGUAUAUCCAUUGUUUGUAUUGUUCAUCGAGUGCCCAUUCACAGAGUACGAGCGAUCAUAUGAUCCAUCUGGAAGGACAUUCCUCGAGUUCAAGAAUUGGAACAUCCCCACAGACCUGAUCCGCUCGGCACUCACACGCUUCUUGACAAAGAACCGUGUCGACACUGUAUCGCACAACACCUCAAACGAAGAGCUGUUGGACAAACAAUCAAUGUUGUUGGAGAACAGUGACAAUGACCACGAUCAUGAUGGUGAUCGUGAUGGUCAUGCGUUGUCUGAUAGCGAGGGAGUGUCACAUGAUCACAUGGGAGGUGGAUUCGACAUGGACGUAGAUGACAAUGUUGGCAACCUUUCAGGGUCCACACAUCAUAGUGACGAUGAAGAUGAGGCAAUGCCAUUGGAGCCAGUGCCUCUAUCUCAACUCUCUCAAGCAUCUGACAUCAGACCACUAUCCAUUCUCUCCACUCACUCUGUUCUGGUCAAGCAUCAACCUCAGGCAAAUAUUGUCGCCAACAGCACUCCAUCAUCAUCGACUGGUGCUGAUGGCAACAUCAACAAUAUGAGUGAUGAUGGAGACGCAAUGGACUCACAACAUUCACACUCAAUCAUUGAUAGUGGUAGUGUCGGUAGCGUACCGCCAAGUCCAGCCACACCCAACUCACAUCUGAAACAGCAGCAUCAACAUCAGUCCAGCCAAGAGGAUAUCAAGGUCAAAGACGAGCCAGUGUAUGAUAUUGGACCAAGACUAUACUCAGAGGUUGAGGAGUUGGAGGAGUGCACGACUGAGACACUGGUGAAUGAGGUGAUUGAUGUCGAUUCACUUGACAUCAAAACAAUCACAACGGUGAUCAAGACAAUGACAAACAAAAAGGUGGUGUCAAAGCCUCUCGACCUAACUCUCACGCCACCACCCGCACCCCUCACACAAGUCAAGAUGGAGAUGGAUAGCAGUGUAGACGAAUCUCACAAUCAUAGCGGCGGUGGCCUCAACAGCACUCCCUCACCAAAGUCAAAAUCACCAAAGAGGUCGCACAUUGAUAGUGACAUCCUGUUCAAUGACUCCCCGCCCCACUCUCCGCCAAUGUUCUCUACGUCCGAUCGCAGUCCAUCACCUGCACCGGACUCUGGUGGAGACCCUGGAUGGCCAUCAAUCAACACAGGAUGGCCAUCGACAGAUCCAUCGUGGUCGUUUGGUGGUAUGUCACCAAUCACUCAGAGGUCACCAGGUGGUGCAGGUGGUCUCCUUCUCAAGAAGACAAGUCCAUCACCCAACAAGAAGCAAAGAUCCAAGUACUUUGACAAUGGUCCAACAACCACUACCUCACCACACUUUGAUGUUGUUGGCGGUGGUGGCGCGUCAUCCAAGUUCUUUAAAAGUCCAAGCCAAUCAACUCCUCCUCCACCUGCAUCAACUCAACCAGCUCUGAAACAACAAUCAAUCACAUCUAUCCUUGCAACAACAUACCCUUCGACUCCAUCCACACCAACAACACCCACAGCAUCAACAAUUCCAACAACACCAACUACUCCAAUAUCACCAACAGUCAAAAUCCAAGACCAAUACCAGCCAAAGGUCGCAGACAAUGACAACACAGCUACAUCCACAGCCUCUCCAAUUGGUGUUUCCAAACACGCCAAGUCACCAAAGAGCCUAAGAUUCGCCUCGAUUGAGAAAGUUAGACCAUUCAAUCGCGACGACAUUGCUAUCAAGAGCGAGUUGGUCAAAAGUGAGGAUCAGAAGAUGUCACCAUUCGUCCCAAAUUCGAGCGAGAACCCAAUUGCACUGGAUGGUGAAGAGGACAUCAUUGAUUUGGAAUGGGUGCCAGACCAAGAGUUUGAGGAGCACGACUCAUCAUUCUGUGAUGACGUCCAUCAUCAUCACGACACAAUCAUGACACCAAUCGAACAAGACGAAGAUGACAGCACAGAGGAAGAGGGUGAGAGCCCAUCCCAGCCACAAUCACAGCCAUUAUCAAACAUGUCCAGCCCUAGUCAAUCAGUGUCAUCUACGCCAUCAAUCAUGUCGUUCACAUACUCGCCAAACUCUGGCAUCAACAACAGCAAUGACGGUGGUAUGCCCGCCCUACCAACUACACCUCAAAUCAUGAUGUCUGCGCCACUAUUUGAACUGCGCCCAGUUGUGCAGCUGGAGGAUGGAACACGACUCAGCCCAUACUUUGAUCGAUCACCCGAGGGCCACGACCAGGAGGCCAAGGAGAGGAUUGCCAGGGAGUACCAAGAGAAGGCCAGACGAAUGAAAGAACGCAGUGAAGCGGUGCGCAAGAUAAUGGAGCGGCUGCGAAAGGAUGGCGACAGGGUGGCCCGCUCACACUUGGACGACGUCCGAUUCAUCGCACAGGUGGACAAGAAGUUCUUGUUGUGUGCCUCAAAGGGCCUUCUAUUUGUACUAGAUCAGCACGCAGUGUCUGAGCGCAUCAAGCUGGAAUACUACACAAAGCUCGAUCCAGAGUUUGACACGCAGACCAUGCCGCAUGGCACACGCUGGUCGCUGACGCCCGACGAGAUGCACACGCUGGCAUCGCAUAAGUCGGCCAUUGAGAAGUAUGGCUUCCGUUGGCAAUCACACAAGUCCACGAUCACUGUGGAGACUGUGCCCAAAGUAUGCUCGCAGUCACUCAACGUCGACCAUCUACACGAGUUCUUGUCUGCGCUGAGUGAUCGCGUUGUCAACGCUCCACCAGCAUUCCAUCGCAUUCGCCAAACCCAUGCCUGUACCCGAGCCAUCAAAUUCGGUCACAAGGUCACCAAUGAGCGAGCGGUCACCUUGCUCAAAGAGCUUUCCAAAUGUGGCGAUCCAUUCCACUGUGCUCAUGGUCGACCAAGUUCAGUGUCACUCGUUGACUUUGGUAAACUAUCACAGAGUAUCAAAGAUAUUGAACAACUUGUCGGAUGA